AUGCCUUUUGCCAAGUUCAAGAAGCGAUCCGGGCAUAGCAACGCUUUUGAUGCAGAUGCAGAGAUGGAUAGACAACCAUCGACAGUCAACAUUGACAAUCCCACCACGCCACUUGUCCAGACCUCUCCCCAGGACGAACAAAUUGUGACGAUGCCGGAGAAACCAAGCCUACAGCAACGAUGGACUCGCCUCUGGCGGCAUCGUAUCGAUCUCUACCAUCCUGAGCCAAGGAAGAAAGUGACCUACCGCCUCGUUGUCUUCGUGCCGCUUUUGAGUUUGACCGGAUUCAUGCUGUAUAUACUCUACCUCGCAGCAAUAGCCUCUAUCCUGCGGUCCUUGCAGCCCCCUACCCCACAGAACGGCUUGCAAAUGAUCAUCGAUGCGUGGCGUGGAGCCGAAUCGGCGGACGCUAGGUUGCUAGACAUCGAUUCGUACACCUUUUCAUCCUCUGUGACUCCCAAACCAUGUCACAGCCACAAUGACUAUAUGCAUCGCGUGCCACUGUUUGAGGCUCUGGCUGCGGGUUGCGUGAGCGUUGAGGCCGAUAUUUACCUGCCUUUGGACAACGCGAGCAAGAACACAAGCGAGCUGCUGGUAAGCCACAAGCGCAGCGCCUUGUCAUCACUCCGCACACUACGAAGUCUGUAUACCGAACCGCUGUUGACGGUUCUGAAGGCGAUGAACCCGUCUGUUGCAAACGACACCGACCUGAACGGGCCUUUCCUGUCCGAUUCCUCGACUUACCUGACUCUCCUGUUGGACUUCAAGGAAUUGUCGCCCGACGCAUUGGCUCAAUCUCUUGCUCUACUGCAGUCUCAUCUCACGCCCUUGCGCAAUGCCGGCUUCCUUACUACCUACAACAACGUCACCAUAAGCAUCGACCAGCGACCACUGACAAUUGUUGCUUCCGGCGCUCUUCCUUUGGACAUGAUCAUGGACCCGACGCUCAACCCACAUGACGAUGUCUUCCUCGACGCCCCACUUAACGAUCUCUUCCCCAAUGGCCGAGAUACAGACUCACCCUACAACAUCUCCAACAGCGCGAUGGCGUCGGCUUCAUUGUCGACUGCGAUUGGCAAUCCUGGGGUUCUGUCAGGAGCUUUCAGUGAGAGCCAGAAGAACAAGAUGGGUGAACAAGUCGCGCAAGCCGCCCAGUUGGGCUUGAAGUCACGCUACUGGGGAACGCCAGCGUGGCCGGCAGGCAGCAUGGGAUAUGUGUGGCGCGAGUUGCUGCAACGCGGUAUCAGCGUGCUGAAUGUCGAUGAGCUGGGUUUGUUUGCCCGGUGGAGGUGGGACGAAGGAAAGUUGUCCAAGUGGUGCUGGCUUCUAGGGAGUGUUGUGGGCGGAGUGUGUCGAUAA